UAAAGUAGAAAAAGUAAGGAGUUACCCCCUACCUACUACCCUACGACAAUUAAGAGGGUUCAUCGGCCUUGCAUCAUAUUACCGAAAAUUUAUACCUGGGUUUGCCGCAUUAGCAAGACCUCUACACCACUUAUUACAAAAAGAUGUUAGCUUUUGUUGGGGACCGGAGCAACAAAAGGCAUUUGAGAUAUUAAAGAAUCACCUGAUAACCGCACCCGUUCUUAAGUACCCCGAUUUCGACGAUAUGUUUUACCUGUACACCGAUGCAUCCAGCACCGGAUUAGGGGCUGUUUUGGCCCAGAAAGGAGAAGGCAAGAAGGAACAUGUGAUUUCCUACACCAGCCGCAAUUACUCAGCGUGUGAAUUGGAGUGCUGGCGGUUAUUUGGGCGGUUGAAUAUUACUACCAUUAUUUUGGCUUCAAGCCAUUCACGGUCAUAA